CAUCGAUUCCAUCCUCUUUUAUAUGGGUUUUUAGACGUUCGCCAUGCGGGAAAUUAUGUUUAAUGUUAUAAAUUAUUAAAGUACGUUAUAACCGUCAAAUAAACCAACUACAUUAAAUUCGGACGUCCAUAUUUAGUGUAAUUAAAGUUCAACGAUUUUUGUGGGUGCCGUAAGAGGUUAUGCGAUAGUAAACAUGGGAGAAGCCAGAAUUGCAAAAAGUGGUAUUUGCACAGCAGUCGCACUUAGAUAUUACUUUAUUUACGAAAAUGUAGGCGCUGGAGAACCUGAACUACGCUUUGUGCAACAUCCCUUAAUCGAAUUAGAAGUUGAUAUACCAAAAGAGGACAAAGAGGAAGAACUAACUCCAGAAACCGUGGACUAUGAAGACGAUGUUGAAUACUUGAGAAGUUUAGACCCUAAAGAAUGGAAGUCCCAAGACCAUUACAAAGUCCUAGGUAUCCCAAACAUAAGAUACAAAGCAACAGAUGACAUUAUCAAAACGGCAUACAGGAAGAAAGUCUUAAAGCAUCAUCCUGACAAACGUAAAGCUCUAGGGGAAGAAAUCAAAACAGAUGAUGACUAUUUUACCUGUAUAACAAUGGCUUAUGAAACUCUAGGAAAUAUAAGUAGGAGAAGAGCGUAUGAUUCUGUCGAUCCACAAUUCGACAAUGAUCUACCUUGUACUAGUGAUAUAAAAAAAGACUUUUAUAAAACGUUUACUUAUUACUUUGACUUAAACUCCCGAUGGUCUGAAAAAACACGGGUGCCCAAAUUAGGAACUGAAAAUUCGACAAGGGAAGAGGUGGAACACUUUUAUUCAUUUUGGUAUGAUUUUAAAUCAUGGAGGGAAUAUUCGUAUGAAGACGAAGAGGAUAAAGAUAAAUGUCAAGAUCGUGAUGAGAGAAGGUAUGUGGAUAAGUUAAACAAAGCUGAGAGGUUAAGAAAGAAAAAAGAAGAAAUGUCCAGAAUACGCCAGUUAGUAGACUUAUCCUAUAGUAACGAUCCUAGAAUUGCGAAAUUUAAACAAGAAGACAAGGAGAAGAAACUAGCAGCAAAAAGAGCCAAGCAAAAUGCAGCACAGGCGAAAAAAGAAGAGGAAGAGAGGAUUCUAAAGGAAGCUCAGUUGGCGAAAGAACAAGCCGAAGCAGCUGAGAGAGCUAAAAUCGAAGCAAAGAGACAAGAGAGAGAAGUACAAAAAAAGGCGCUGAAGAAAGAAAGAAAAAUUCUGAGAGAUAUUUGUAAAUCGAAUAAUUAUUAUGCAGACAAUGACGAUCAGAACUUGUCUUAUAUGACAGCAAUAGAAGGGAUGUGUGAAAGGUUAUCUUUAACUGAAUUAGAAGAUUUAAAUAAGAAUUUAAAAAAUAAUGGAAAGUCCGCUUUUGUAAAAGCCAUUAAAGAGAAUGAAGCUUAUUUACAAAAAGAAAGGAUGGACUUACUAAAUUCAGCUAAAAGUAAAGUUAACACUGAAAAUAAUACUACUGCUGUUGUUAUGGUAGCACCUGAUUGGAACGAAGAGAACGUCCAGUUACUAGUUAAAGCUGUUAAUCUUUUCCCUGCAGGUACGAACCAAAGGUGGGAUGUUGUGUCGAACUUUAUCAACCAACAUGGUACUUUCUCACAAAACAGCAACAAGUUCAACGCUAAAAUGGUACUUUCUAAAGCAAAAGAUCUUCAAAACACGGAUUUCUCUAAAAACAAUCUUAAGGAAGUUGCGAAUAAGCAAGCGUUUGACAAUUUCAAGAAGGACAAGAAAAGUGUUCUUAACAUUACUGAAUCUGAUAUAUCUAAAAAAUUAGACGAAGUCAAUUUAAACGAUAGUGCGAAAAAACCGACGACUAACGGAGAAGCGAAACCGAAGGCUGAUCUGCCUUGGACGACCGGUGAGCAACAACUCUUAGAACAAGCUUUGAAAACCUAUCCUGCUUCUACGCCAGAAAGAUGGGAUAAGAUCUCAGAAUGUAUACCUAACAGAUCGAAAAAGGACUGUAUGAAGAGAUAUAAAGAUUUAGUGGAAACAAUUAAAGCGAAAAAGGCUGCACAGGCUGCUGUGACUAAAUAAUACUUUUGAAUCUUAGGUCAUUUAAAUUAUAUUUAUUUAGCAAUAACUAAAUGAUUAUUAGUUGUGAACUUUCCUUUGUUAUAAUGAAAUUAAAGAUCCCAUCCAGAACCGAUGUUGUAUUAUUUCUUUAUUUCUAACAAUAAAUUACUUUUUAUUACGA